AUGGCGGCGAACCCGCGCGUCUUCUUCGACAUGACGGUCGGCGGCGCGCCGGCGGGGCGUAUCGUGAUGGAGCUCUACGCGAACGAGGUCCCGCGCACCGCCGAGAACUUCCGCGCGCUCUGCACGGGCGAGAAGGGCGUGGGGAAAUCGGGCAAGCCUCUCCACUACAAGGGCUCGACGUUCCACCGCGUGAUCCCGGAGUUCAUGUGCCAGGGCGGCGACUUCACCCGGGGCAACGGGACGGGAGGGGAGUCCAUCUACGGGGAGAAGUUCCCCGACGAGAAGUUCGUGCGCAAGCACACGAGCCCCGGGGUGCUGUCCAUGGCCAACGCCGGGCCCAACACCAACGGCUCCCAGUUCUUCAUCUGCACCGUGCCGACCCCGUGGCUCGACGGGAAGCACGUCGUGUUUGGGCAGGUUGUGGAGGGGAUGGAUGUGGUCAAGGCCAUCGAGAAGGUUGGGUCCCGCAGUGGGUCCACUGCUAAGGAGGUCAAGAUCGCCGACUGCGGCCAGAUCUGA